AUGCCUCUAUCAAUACAGGGAUACGAGGUUCAUAUCGAGUCUGAGGGUGAAGAACUCCCUCAGUACCAGGUUGAGAAGAUCGACGACCGGACCAUGACCUGCUGGAUACCGAGCCAGGCCGGGAAGCCAUUCGCAGUGGGCUAUGCUCGCACAAAACGACAUAGCCAUGAGCAUAAAGUAGUUGACGUUUAUGCCGAUGGACACUAUAUGGCUGGACAGGGAGGACCGGACUCAGCCGCGAGCGAGGUCAGGUGGCGCAUUGCUUAUGAUACCAAACAGGCUUUUCUUUUCUCAGAAGUGGUGUUCGCGCCAGAUGAGAACGAAUCCACGGAUCCUUCACCGCUAUCGAAAGAUCUUGCCGUCAUAGAAGUUCAGAUUCUCCCUGCCUUCCGGAAGAAACGCAGUGGAAAGCGUGCUGUGACAACAAGUGCCCUCAACAAUGGUGUCGUUCUAUCGGAGAAGUCCAAGCUCAUUGGCGCAAACCACGCUAAGCUCGGAAACGUUGAGAAGCAUGUACGCAGCGAUAGGGAUCAAUACGGUUAUGCUCCCAUCGGCAAAGAGCCAUGUGCUGUUUUCCGCUUUGUGCAUCGUCCACCAGCGAUAUUGCAGGCCAUGGGCAUCAUGCCUCGGCCAGUACAACCAGUUCCAGCACCCGCUGAUUCUGCUACCAUCCGCCCAGCACGUCGCAAACGCUCGGGUAGUCCAGAAUAUACUCGUAACAAACGGAUGCGAAUGAAUACGAACGACGAAGAACAGGAUAUUAAGCCCAUGAUAGACGGUGAGGCGGAGACACGACGUCGAAAGAUACAGGAACAGCUUGCGGCAGAGGAGGCGAAGGCCGCGGCUCUGCGGGCUCAGUUAGAAGAGCUUGAUGCAUCUGUCCCCCGGAUCAAAGCAGAGCGCGCGCCAUCACCGAUCAUUGUACCGCAUUCAGGAGAGGUCAUCGACCUCACCGACGACUAA